CUUUAAAUAAUUUAAAAUGCCCGCAUUAUGUAGCAAAUUUAGUACAUUAUUUUCGUGUGUACACACUGUUUUGUUGUCAGCUGUUAAUGUAUCGAUUGCCGAUAUAUUUUUAAUCGCAAUAUUUUGCUUUCAUGCAGCGUCUGUGUGUUUUCCUUUUUGGCGGCAUUAACUAAAUAUUUAAGGAUUUCGGAGAGGCUAACAGUAGAAAUAAAACUUAGUACGAGAAUAGUUCUUAACAUCAACAAUGUCCGACGAUGAUUGUGAUAUAUUCAAUAUGCCAGUUAAACGGCUAAACGUUGUGCCGCAAAAACAUUGUACGGAGGACUUGGAUUCCAAACAAAUUGAUUAUGAUUUUAUAAAGAAACCUACUACAAAAUCUAUUAAGCAAACGGCUCAAAUAAAACCGAAGUCAAAGGCAAAAUCCGGAAAUCGAAAAAAGCAAGAAAAAGAUGAGGAAAAACUUAUUAAUAAUAAUACACAGGAGGUGACAAGCCCAACUCUUGGAGAGGCGCAGGCGCCCAUCUCACGUGCUGAUCUGUCUCCUGUCUCACAGUUGAUUUAUGAGAUGGAGCAGAAACAAGAACGAAUCAAAACCAAAGAAAUGGAAGCGUUACCCGUUGCGAGGCGCACGCGUUCCUCAAUAGGCAAACGACAGCCCACACCAGAGAAGAUAAACGAACUUGAAGUUCCAGCUCCAGCUGUCAUAGCUGUUGUUCCAGCUCGUGCUAAUAAACGUAGUGGACGUGGGCGAAAAGCCACAGCGCAGACUGCAGAAACGAGUAGCUCAACGGCACCGAGAAAUAUGGUUGAGCCAACUAAACGAAAUCGAAGACAAGCGGCUGAAAUUGCGGCUUAUUCCCGGGUCGUGGACUCUAUUGAUCUCGUGUCAGCUGUUGCUCCGCGCGUAGAAGGAUUUAUAAAUCUGGAUUCAGAUGAGGAAAAUGAAACGAGUCCCGCAGAGCCCGAAAAAGCAACGCUAAGUUACGAUGAUGAUAAUCCCAUCAUAGAGAUUAAUUUGAAUUGGCUCGGGGAAAUGCAAGUAUACAAGCUAAGGCAACACCAAAAGUUUUCGCACAUGUUCAAGGAGGUUUCGAAACGCAAUGGGGUACCUGUAGACGAUGUUGUUAUAAAUAUGGAUGAUCUCUUUCUAAACGCAGUAGACUCGCCGCAAAGCGUAGGUCUAAAGGGUUUUCACAUAUUGAGUGGUCGCGCUCUGAAGUCGCAUAAAAAUCAACACAAAGAAGAUGUUAAUCUGAUGGCAAAGCCAAGGAAAUUCCAAUUGAAAAUUCAAAAUGACAAAUGGAAACAACCAUUAAUAAUACCUAUGAAAAAAACAGAAACGUUUAAGAUGCUAUACAUCAAAUGUGCGGAAGAAAUGGAAUGUGAUGUUAAAGACUUCAAGUUGUUCUUUGAUGGCGACUUACUGGAACCUGAUGAUACGCCCAAAAAUCAAGAUAUGGAAGGCAACGAAAUAAUUGAUUAUCGUUCCAAGUGAAGCAAACUCUUA